AAAACUUAAAACUAUAUUAAAAAAAUAAAUCAAACUUUAAUAAAACCAUAACAAAUUUAAAGACAAGAAUUUCUCCUGAAACAAAAGAAGAAAGCGUUUUUCUUCAUCUAAAUACAAUAAUAAUACACCGCCAGGAUGUGUCAGAAAUGCUGACAUUUAACAGCUGGCAUAUUAAAUUUUGAAAAUGAAUAUUAAUUUUUCUUGUUAUCAUUGUAUUUGUUGUUGUCUAUCCGUUUGUCGUAAAAUCAACAGCCAUGGAAAUCUAUUAAAGUGAUGAAAAUCUAAAAAAAUUGUUUUUUUCUUAAAGAACAACAAACGCAUAGUUUAAUUUGUGUUAGAGAGUUUUGAAUUACCUUCAUAGGGUUUAUACAGCAGCCCUAUAUUUGUUUUAAAUUACAUGUCGUUUUGUUGUAGUUUUGUUUGAUUGAUCACAAAUUAAUGAAAAAAUGGCGUUAAUACAACGAAAUUUAUGUUUCAUCUUAAUGCUGAUACUACAACUGACUCGUCUGGGAGGCGGCAUGAAAGUUUCAUUCUUUGGCGAUGGCUACAUAUCGAUGCCGCUGCAGGAGGCAAAAAUGUCUACAAAUAUUCGUGUUAAAUUUCGCACACAUCAAGAGAAUUCAUUUCUGUUUAUGGCGCAUGGGCGCACCGAUUAUUGUCUAAUGCGUUUGGAGACUGGAGCCAUUAGUUUCACCUACAAAAUAGAACGCAAUGUGGUGCAGUUGCGUUCACCUAAAAAACAGAAGCUUAAUGAUCUGGAUUGGCAUGAUGUGGCCGUGCAGCGGUUUGAAAAUAAUAUUACUUUGCAAGUGGAUGGCACGAUUAUAAGGAAAACGCUGCCGCCAGAGAUGGGUGCUUUAAAUGUACAUUUUGGUACGUUUUUAGGUGGCCCUGGGGAGUACUCACCGGAAUUUAUAAGUGAACUGGGUAGUUUUCGUGGUUGUAUAUCAGAUGUAUUUUACAACAAUAUCAAUAUCAUAAAAAGAGCUAAAGAGGGCACAGGACAUACCGACAGCAAACAAGUAUCAUGGACCUGUAGCUCAGAGUUUGAGGGAACAGCUAAGGAUAGCAUAAGUUUUCUAAACAGUGAUUCAUAUGCUCUAAUGUCCAAAGAGUCACAGGCUACUGGAGAAACAUUAUUUUUAAAAUUCCGCACCAUGCAGGAAACGGGUGUAAUCUUUUAUAAUGGUGGCUUUGAUUUUGUUAUGCUGGAAAUAGAAAACAAACAAUUAAAUUUCAAUUUCAACAAAGAAGGCAGUUUAAUCAAACUAAUAGCCAAUGAAACGGUUUCAGAUGGUAGAUGGCAUAAAUUGAUCUUGCGUUACAAUGCCGUAAUGGCUGAAAUGAUUUUGGAUGAUAAAAUGUAUCGGGGCUCGCAUGACAAUGAUACUAAGGCCACUAUAAAUUUGGAGAAAAGCGUUUUCUUUGGUGGUGUUCAGGAGGAUAUGCGUAGACGUUUGUGGCAUAAGGGUUUGCGUAUUAAUGAUCACAGUUUUAUGGGUUGCAUGAAGGAUAUACAAAUCAAUAAUUUGGAUUUGGGUUUUCCACAAAUGAAUAAGUCCCAGCAUUUGGCCUUGAAUUGUAUAUGGAAAUAUCCGUGUGUGGAGUAUGAGCCGUGUCUGAAGAGUGGCUAUUGCAAUCAGUAUGGUGUGGAUGAGUUUAUAUGCUAUUGUGAUCAGUCGUAUUGUAUUAAAGCAGAUUUUCAGGGACCUUUUAAGAUUUUCACUGAAAUCAGUCCUACUGUAGAGCUGUUAUAUGUCUCCCCCGUGGAGCUGUUGGAAGGUGGCACUGUUUUCCUUUCACCCCACUUCUUGGAUGUUCUUUUGGAUACUCGAAAAACUUCGGGAGUUUCUGAUUCUUCCAUAGUCUUUCAUGUGGUGCAACAGCCACGUUAUGGCCAACUGUUGCAAUUUUCUCCAGAGAAAAAUAAUUUCGUUACUUGUCGCACUUUUAAUCUGGUAGACUUGUCCACCGAUAAAGUCAAAUAUGUGCACAAUGGCAUGGAAAAUUUCAAUGAUCAUGCCACGCUGGACAUGCAAAUCUAUGGCGACAUACACAAGGUACCCGAAAACCUGCUGGGCAAACAUCGUUUCAUGCUGCAUGCCAAUAUUACACCCAUCAAUGAUCCGCCUCAGCUUAAAAUACCAGCCAAUAAGAUUUUACGUGUUAUUGAGGGCAUUGAAAAGAACUUGGAUAUAGAUUUGUUUAAUAUACAAGAUCCCGACAGUCCGGCCAAUGUUUUGGUGUACACCAUCUUACCCUCAACAAAUCCUCAAGAGGCUUAUGGGCGAUUUAUGGUUAAUGGCCAAUCGACUAUGACUUUUUCCCAGAACGAUGUCAAUAUGGGUAAAGUGACUUUUCUAUAUAAUGCCACCACUUCGGAGACUUUCAGUUACAAAUUGCUAAUGCAAGUAUCGGAUGGUAUGGAAACCAGUGACACUGUGUUUCUGUCUGUUUCUGUACAUCCCAUGGAAUUGGGUUUGGUUAACAAUACCGGUCUUAUAAUGAUACAUAAAUCUUCGUUGCUUAUAACACCCUCGAAUUUGUCCAUUGGCACUACUACGGUGGUGGAAAAUAUUGAUAUUCGUUAUGAUAUAGUUAAGGCUCCACAAUAUGGUUCCAUACAAAGACUGAGGCAAGUAGAUGCCACCUGGGUUAAUGUGGACUGGUUUAGCGAUAGUCAAAUGCUGCUGGGUCACAUACGUUACGUGCACAAUCAUGAUUUGCCCUGGCAAGAUGAAUUUAAGUUUAUUGCCUCGUAUGGUUUUAUUACUACGCAAACAUUUGAUUUUCGCAUCAUCUUUACACGUCUCCGCAUAAAUUCCCGAAAACCUUCUCUGAUAGCAAUAAAUGGCUCCAGUGAAUUUAUAUUAACCAGUGAUGUCUUGUCCUAUGAAACGGUGCCAAUUGAGACGUUUCCUCGCAAUAUUAUUUAUAAAAUCUCCAAUCCCACCAAAUAUGGCAACAUUUAUGUGGAGGGAUCAAGGAAAUUUGCCAAGGAAAUGGACUCCUUUACCCAACUGGACAUCGAUAAGAAUCGCAUACGCUAUAAAACACAUCACAGUUCAUAUUCCAGUUUCUCCGAUUACCUAGAAUUCAUAGUCUCCGUGGCUGAGUGUGAUGAUGUGGUGGGCCAAUUGAAAAUCAUGUUUACUCCCCUAGAAGAAUUAACCAAUAAAAUGUCCUACCAAACCCGAGAAAUACUACAUGUCCAGGAGGGCGAUAGAGCUUUAAUAACAAAAAAUCAUUUUGAAAUACGUUUUAAUAUCUAUGAAAGUCUGAAAUUUCUGGUGACCUCUAAACCGGAACAUGGUGCCUUGUGCCGCUAUGAUGAAAGAGAUAUGCAAAAUGUUUGGACCAUUAUGGAGUUUACUUUGGAACAAUUGUUUUUAAAUGAAAUUUACUAUUGCCACGAUGACACCGAAUCCACAGAGGAUACUUUUGAUUUGCUAAUUUUAUCUAGUGAUGAUACGGAUUUACAAUUUGUAUCCAAUAUAGAGGUGAGAAUCAAAUUGAAGAAUGAUAAUCCACCUUAUCGUACGAUGGAGCGUAUAUUCCAUGUUAUGCGUGGCGGCAUACGUACUCUAAACACUGAGGUUUUGCAGUAUCUAGAUUCUGAUGUUAAUACUAACAGUUCGGAAAUUCAUUACAUACAUAUAUCCUGUACAAAUGGAGCGUUUUAUAAAUCGGGACAUUUUGUGGACAGUUUCACCCAAGAUGAUAUAGCCAAUCGUCGCAUAAUGUUUCAGCAUAGUGGUCCUGAUGUGGGCACAGCCUCCUUUAUUGUUUCUGAUCGCCAGCAUGAGGUUAAUGGUAUGCUGGAGAUUCAUGCCUCCGAUGCUUUUGUUUCCAUGUUACCCACCAAUGCCACCAUAGUGCAGGAGGGGAAAUUUGUGAUCUUAAGAAAUAAAGAUUUCAUAUUGGAAACCAAUUUGGAUAUGAAAUUGGAUGAGAUCUAUUAUGAGAUAACUAAGCCGGCCUAUGGUAUUGUCAAAUAUUUGGGUAGACCGAGAGGUAAUGAAGAUUCUUCGUCCUCUUCAUCAGCGACACUGCAUUAUAAGUCUUCGAACUUUACAUCCUUGAAUAAUUUUACGCAUUUGGAUAUUGAGAGAGAUCGUUUGGUGUAUUGGAAUACCGAACCAGCUACCAUGGAUAAAGUGAGAUACCGGGUUCAUAUAAAGAAUAUCACAGCCGAGGGAGAAGUUAUGUUCCGCAUAUAUCCCUCAGCCUAUUGGGAGUCUUUGCAGGUGAAGAAGAAUCAAACUUUGUAUGUGGAGGAGUCAACAAGUGUUUUGAUUUCCAGAGAUAUUUUAGAGGUCGUUCAUCCCAACAUCUCUCCCGGAGACAUUACCUUCCUGGUAACCUCCUCACCUUUACAUGGCUACUUGGAAAUGCAAUCCAUGUCCUUCGAUGAUGAAUACAACUGCAAGGUAUUCGAUCAAUUGGCCAUUAACACCGAAAAAAUGUUCUACAUACAGGCUGGAGUUAAUCAAUCCACCGACUAUUUUGUAUUCGAUGUUACCAACGGCAUUACCUGGCUGAGAAUUCUAAUGUUGCGCAUUGUCAUCAUACCCGAAAAACUGUAUAUGCAUUCCAAUAUUAUUUCCGUGGUGGAGGGUAAAACAGUACAAUUGAGUGCCUCCGAUAUACAACCAUUUUCCGAAUACUACAGAGGCAAAAUAUUGGAAUAUAUUAUAACCAUAAAUCCCAGCUCGGGUUAUAUAAUGGCAGCCAAUUCGAAAGUGAAAAGAUUUACACAAAAACAAUUAGAUCAGGGGUCCAUACAAUAUAUACACAAUGGCAGUGAAAAUUCCACAGAUACUAUGACCAUAAUAGCCACGGCUCGUAAUAAGGAGAGUGAACCAUUUGAGCUGGAAUUUUCGGUGAUACCGGUUAACGAUGAACAGCCUGUGGUGGUAACAAAUACAGGUUUGCAAGUGUGGAAUGGAGGGAGAUAUAUAAUACGUUACACGGAUUUAAUGGCUCGUGAUUAUGACACACCCGCUGAGAAUCUCACCUUUACUAUUAACCACAUUUAUGGUGGUUAUUUGGCAUUUAAAUCCUCACCAGAAAUGAAACUCGAAACAUUUACCCAAAAUGACAUUAAUAAUGAACAGAUUUAUUUCAUUCACGAUUCCAAUUCAAGGCGUAAUGAAAUGUCUUUCAUUGUCUCGGAUGGUUUAUUUAAUACCACCGAACAAUUGUUGAAUAUAGCCAUUAAACCCAUAGAAAUUAUUGAGGAUCGCAAUGAAAAUCUGCAUGUCUUCCCCUUGACCAAAAAACAAAUCUUGCGUGAUCAUUUGCAUUUCAAGUGUUCCGACGAGGAGAGAGAAAUUCACUAUAAUAUUACGGUGCCUCCCAGUCUGGGUCGUAUUGUUAAUGAGGCCUUGGAAACAGAAACGGGUUUGGCUCGUGAGGUAUCGGAAUUUACCCAAAAUGAUAUUGAUAAUGGUCGUAUAUUUUAUGAACAUACUGCCGUCAUUAUAGAGUUUCGCAUAAAUGAUUCGUUUUAUUUUGAUGUUAUUGCGGAGAGAAGUGAUCGUUUGCUGGAUCAAAAGUUUAAUAUUGAAAUAUCUGUGUCUUCGGGAGGUUUAUUGAGAUUUUUGCCAGUUUCCAAGUUAACAGUAGAUGAGGGAGGAUCGGUGCCAAUAAAAUUGGAUUUUUCCAAAAUGUUGGAAUACUUAAAGACCAGAGCGGGAUUAAAUAAUCCCGAGUUGUAUAUAGAGGCUUUUCAAAAGCCCAGUCAUGGCUCUAUAGGUUUAGGCCAUGAAUUUAGAGCCAUGCAAAAGUUUCAUCCCAGUGAUUUCUUUACCAAGAAAGUGUAUUAUAUACAUGAUCAUACAGAUACUUUGGAGGAUACUAUUUUGAUGUCGGUGUAUUUGGAGCAGGGCAACAUUUUCCUAUGCAAUCUCACCAUACCCGUUUCCAUAAAUCCCAUUAAUGAUCAGCUUUUCAAAUUGGUCACCCAUUCACCCCAAAUGACUGUGGUAGAGGGAGAAAAUCGCACCAUUACCCGCAAUAUUCUUCUGACCGAAGACAAAGACACUCCAGCCGAAGAAAUUGUCUAUGAUGUAAUGAGUGGUCCCACUUUGGGGGUACUAAAGAAACUAUCGAAGGAUGGUGAGGCCGAGGAUUUGCUGGCCUAUUCCAAUCAAUUUACCCAGGCCGACAUUAACAAUGAUCGCAUUGUCUAUGUACACUUUGGCACGCCCCAAUCAACAACAUUUUGUUUUACCGUUUCUGAUGGUAAAUUCAAUCCAGCCUAUGAAAUUUUCACCAUCAAGGUGGCUCCCAUUUCCUUGCUGCCAGCCGAUCAGCAAAUGCCUGUGGAAGUGCAACAGGGCUCAACUACGGCGGUAAUGAAACUGCAACAUAUUGGCUUAAGAACCAAUGUCCAACCCGUAAGAUUGGCCUACAACAUCACUAAUUCUCCUUUGUAUGGCAUAAUUGUUUUGAAACAUCAGCCUACCUUGAGGUUUGACCAACUACUCCUGCAGACGGGAGAGAUAAACUACAUGCAAACAAAUUUAAAUAGAUCGAAUGAUACUUUCCAAGUAUCAGCCUAUGUACCGGGCACCAAUUACGCAGCCACCAUAGAUGUUUUGAUGCAAGUGGAACCGGUUAUCAAAAUAACUGAUAUAUCCAUGAAGGGUGUAGGAGAAGGAGAAAAAAUUCGUCUAAUGUCUUUGCUGGUGGCAGAUAAUCCUUUGUCUUUGAAGCUGAACAAAUUUAAUCCGAAAUUUUUAAUAACCAAAAUGCCCACUACAGGACAAAUAAGGAAAAUUAUAAGGAGUACAGGACUGGCGGCAGAUAGUCUAAAUGAAAGACCUACAAAUUCCUUCUCUUACAAGGAAUUGAGAAGUGGCGUGGUGUAUUUUAUACCCUACGAAACUGUGGAGGGAACUUUGGAAGAUGUGGACAGAUUCGAUUAUCAGUUGCAUAUAAAAACGGUGCAGCCUGCCCAAGCCUCGGUGAAAAUUGUGUAUCGACAGGCUGUGGAGGAUAAUGGCACGGUGGCAAAGGCGGACACUGAAUUCUCUUUAAAUUAUGUGGCCAUUAUUUGUGUUCUCAUCAUUUUACUUAUGUGUAUUUUGAUUAUAAUGCUGAUAUUGAAAUUCCGCUAUUUAAAACGCCACAAGGCCAAUAUAUCCAAAGAUCAGCCACCCUCCUUACCCUGUCCACCCGAUCUGACCUCGGUUUCACCUCAACAUCAUCUAACACACCAUCGUCCUCACCACUAUGCCAGCUCGGAAGCGGAUUCUGUGCCAGUCACUGGCAAUUCAACACCUUUGCCCGGUUUCAGUAAUAUACCGCAUUGUAAAAUUAUACCGGUAGAAUCGUAUAAGCAUGAUUAUCCUGACUAUGAUCCAGAUGAAGAUGAAACCGAUGAUCCGUGUGAUGUCCAACAAAUGAUGCUGCCACAACGCUAUAAUCCUUAUCAAUUGGAAAAUGAUACUUGGAGUUCUUCAUGUGAUAUGGCCAAUGAUUUUGGUGGUUAUUCGAGUGUACCGCAAAGUACGGCGCAAGCAGCUUCCGCCACACCGCCCUCGGCGCCGCCUAGUAAUCCUUUGCUAAGGCGUAAUCAGUAUUGGGUCUGAGCAUUAGUAAUGUCUAGCUUAGGUUAAGAAUUUCGUUUUUGUUCAUUGUAAACAGUGCUUUAAAAGUGCCUUUUUAAAUAAUCUACACUACACACGUACUCAUUUUUAAGAAUAUUUACUUAAUUUAUUUUUGUUUUUUCACUUAAUUUUGUUUUACUUAAAUUUAAGAAUUUUAUAACAUGAUCACAAACACAAAACGAUUAGGAAUUUAUA